UUUUCUAACGCCGUAAAUUUCUCGGACGGCAUCAGCUGUGCCACAGCCAACGCUGGCCACAGACAUAGCCUCCUCUUUACGGAGGAUAUGCCACACAGCGCGGCCUAAUACGCGUUGACGACUGAGCGCGCCUUCCGCGCUGCGCGACAGCAGCGGCCCUUUUCUCUCUCCCCCACCGAAGCACUCCGCACUCCUCCGCGCCCUUAAAUAGUUCAGAGCGCCACUCCGCGCGCGCAUUUGUGACUCUCCGCGAGCCUGGCUCCGUCCGUCGCUGCCUUGCAGCCGCUCGCCGCAUUUUACUUCGCAGCAUCCUCGUUUAUGCAGUACGCGUAGCGUUUCGUCUAUUGUUUUUUUCCCCGUAGCUUGCUUCAGUUAGCACCAGUCGGGACGGCGGACGUUAGAAAGAGCUCGAAGCGUUAGAUAUACGCAUAAAAAUCAAACAGAAUGGCGUCUUCAGCGUUGAGAAAAUCGAGCCGUGCCAUCAUAACCAUCGUGCGAAAUCAGCAGCGCGGUGUUUUGCCCGCGGUUUCGGCCUGCGGCUUCAAGACCAGCGCUCCCGCCCUGACAGCGGACGAUGCCCGCCUGACGGACUUGGCGGGCAAGCCCACCCUGUUCCAGUACCUGGACCUGCCCCAGCCCUCGGACAAGUCGCUCUGCACAUACAUCUGGAUCGACGGCACCGGCGAGCACCUUCGCGCCAAGACCCGCACCAUCAACUUUGUGCCAAAGACUGCCGAAGAGCUGCCCAUGUGGAAUUAUGACGGCUCCAGCACGUACCAGGCGCUUGGUUCCAACUCCGACGUGUUCCUGAAACCCGCCGCCGUCUUCCCGGACCCUUUCCUGAGGGGCGGCAACAGGCUAGUCAUGUGCGAGACCUACAGGCCUGACCACACGCCCACGGAGACGAACCACCGGCACAAGUGCGCCCAGACCAUGGAAAAGGCCAAGGCGGAGGAGCCCUGGUUCGGCAUCGAGCAGGAGUACACAUUCCUGGACGCGGGGGGCAAGCCCUUCGGCUGGCCCCAGAAUGGCUUCCCAGGACCCCAGGGCCCCUACUACUGCGGGGUAGGAGCGGGCAAGGUCGUGGGACGAGACGUGGUUGAGGCACACUACCGGGCAUGCCUAUACUCGGGCAUCAACAUCACGGGCACCAACGCGGAGGUCAUGCCUUCUCAGUGGGAGUUCCAAGUGGGCCCCACCGGCGGAGUGCACGCCUCGGACGAGCUCUGGGUCGCCCGCUACAUCCUGCACCGCAUUGCCGAGGACUUCGGCAUCGUGGUCACCUUUGACCCCAAGCCCAUGAGUGGAGACUGGAACGGUGCUGGGGCUCACACUAACUUCAGCACCAAGGCCACACGUGCAGAGAACGGCAUCAAGGCCAUUGAAGCUGCGAUUGAGCGUCUGUCCAAGCAUCACAAGCGUCACAUAGAGGCAUACGAUCCCAAGCAGGGACGCGACAACGAGCGCCGCCUGACGGGCCACCACGAGACCUCGAGCAUCCACGACUUCUCGUCGGGCGUGGCCAACCGCGGCUGCAGCGUCCGCAUCCCGAGGGCGGUCGCCGAGCAGAACAAGGGCUACCUCGAAGACCGCAGGCCUUCCUCCAACAUGGACCCCUACAAGGUCACCGAAGUGCUCGUCCGCACCUGCGUCCUCGGAGAGUAGGUGCUCUCGAGAGGCAACACACUCGUUGUUCUUUGAAGCACUUCCCGGUCUGGAAAAAAACGUUGCCAUUUUGAAAAUAUGUCUGGGUGUGUCCGUCUUUCAUGCCCGGCUGUUGCUGGUGGGUUGGAUUCAAAUUUUAAAAAAAUGUUGGAAGGAAUUAUUACAGGCACCUAUUACUGGGAUUAAGAGUUUGCCAAUUAGAGCUUGCCCAACUUUUGCUUAUGAAGUGAUUUUUUGCAGCUGGGUAUAUCUGUGCUUGGGGAGCUGCCAAACUGAAUGUAUAUUUGAAGAUUUCCGAGUUUUAAGGAACGUUGAAAUUGUGAAAAUUUAUUCGUAUUAGUUGGUGUUUUCGAUGUUGGCGAGUAAGCGGUUAGUUGGAGAUGUGGAAUCCGUUUAUUUACUGCGUCGAGGUCUGCUGCGAUUGUACUGAUCCGAUCGUUGAAAACUUGCCAUUCUUUUUCGUAAUAUUUUUUUUUUCUGAAUCUGUAUGAUCUUUGGUUUGAUCAGGGCAAGCCCACACCUAACUUCCCAAGUGGUGAUCUUACGAGAUGGACACUUGAUGGCCCCAUCUGUUUAGGCAAGUUUCUGACAGGAUGUACCAAAUGAAUAAUGGGGUUCCAUUUUUAAAUUUCUUUUUGUAAAAGAUUUUUUUGAUUAUACAUGUCAUACGGAUAAUUUCUUGAUAGAAAUUGAGUGUCUGUUGGCCUUGAAUUUGAAUGUUUGUGUUCCUCUUGGAAACUGGCUAACUGUGCACGGUAUUUAGAUAUAAUCCUUUUCCCUCUAGACUUGCAGAUUGAAGUCGAGCAGGUUUUGUUUUACAUUUAGAAACAUUUAUACCUAUGAAAAUUUUGAAUUGUCAUGCAGAUUAGAACAUUAAAAGUAUAGCUUGAGGUGCUAAAUGCUUGGUAAUUUUUGAGAGAAAAAGCAUGAGGAUUUUGAGUGACAAGUGUGCUCACAUUUUUAAACACAUUAUGUUUGUUUCUUGUUUGAUGCAGGCACAGUAAGGAGCCUGAUGUUUUAUAUAAAAAAAUUUUGACUGUGUCUUGUCACAAAUACUUCCCUUUGCUCAUGAUCUUCCGUUUUCCUAAAAAAAAAAGAUGUUGGAAUGUCUUUUUUUCUUUUUUUGUGCAAGCUCUCUCGUGGAUGUCGCUCAUGUGAGCAACUGUUUCGUCAACAAUGUCUGCACCAACUAACUCUAAUGCCUGCGUCUUUUUUUUUGUGGCAUCAACAUUCCACUCGUUGUGUACAGAUACACCAACUUCAUUUUUUCAAAGCCUGUUCUGUAAAUAAGAAAAGUUGUAUUUUAAAAUGCUUUUUUUUUUUUUUUUGUGCCUGCUUCAGUUUUGUGCCACAUCCUUUUGUGCUUUUAUUGAAUCGACCUUCUCUGAGAUACUUGUUAAUUAAAAAGAAAUAUAUGACUGCUUC